AUGCAGUCGCAGUCGCUGUCCCGCCGCACCUGCACCCGUACUCUUGGCCGCGGCCUCGUCACCCCUGUCCUGGCAACCGCGGCACCGGCUUCAGCAGCGCAAGCGGCCGAUGGCAUCAACGCGCAUAGCGGGCUGAAGCACCUGCCAGAGGCUGCUCGCGUUCGCGCUCUCGACCGCAAGGCCAAUAAGUUUGAGAAGGUCAAGGUUGAGAAGUGCGGAUCACGCGCAUGGACAGAUGUCUUCGAGCUGUCACGGCUGCUGAAAGAGGGAAACACCAAGUGGGAGGAUUUGGAUUUGGACGACAUAGACAUCCGCAUGAAGUGGGCGGGCCUGUUCCAUCGCGGAAAGCGCACGCCCGGCAAGUUCAUGAUGCGCCUCAAGGUUCCCAACGGCGAGCUGGAUGCCCGCCAGCUGCGCUUCCUCGCCUCGGCAAUCGCGCCAUACGGCGCCGACGGCUGCGCCGACAUCACCACGCGCGCCAACAUCCAGCUCCGAGGCGUGACGCUGGCGGACGCCGACGCCAUCAUUCGCGGUCUUUGGGACGUUGGCCUCACGUCCUUCCAGAGCGGUAUGGACAGCGUACGGAACUUGACGGGCAACCCCAUCGCGGGUGUGGACCCCCAUGAGCUCAUAGAUACCCGUCCGCUGCUGCGGGAAAUGGAGGCCAUGCUGUUCAACAACGGCAAGGGCCGCGAGGAGUUUGCGAACCUGCCUCGCAAGCUCAACAUCUGCAUUUCCUCAACCCGCGACGACUUCCCGCACACGCACAUCAACGACGUGGGCUUCGAAGCGGUGCGCCGCCCCGAUGAUGGCGAGGUGGUGUUCAAUGUGGUCGUUGGCGGCUUCUUCUCCAUCAAGCGCAACGUUAUGUCCAUCCCUCUUGGCUGCUCUGUCACUCAAGACCAGCUGAUGCCCUUCACGGAGGCUCUGCUGCGGGUGUUCCGCGACCACGGGCCCCGCGGGGACCGCCAGCAGACUCGCCUGAUGUGGAUGGUAGAUGCGAUUGGCGUGGAGAAGUUCCGCCAGCUGCUUUCGGAGUACAUGGGCGGCGCGGAGCUGGCGCCGCCGGUGCACGUGCAUCACGAGGGGCCCUGGGAGCGCCGUGACGUGCUGGGUGUGCACCCCCAGAAGCAGCCGGGGCUGAAUUGGGUGGGCGCCUGUGUUCCGGCUGGCAGGCUGCAGGCUGCCGACUUUGACGAGUUCGCCCGCAUCGCGGAGACGUACGGCGACGGCACCGUACGGAUCACGUGCGAGGAGAACGUGAUCUUUACCAACGUCCCCGACGCCAAGCUGCCGGACAUGCUUGCUGAGCCCCUGUUCCAGCGCUUCAAAGUCAAUCCGGGGCUGCUGCUCCGGGGGCUUGUGUCCUGCACGGGCAACCAGUUUUGCGGCUUCGGUCUGGCGGAGACAAAGGCGCGGGCGGUCAAGGUAGUUGAGAUGCUGGAGGAGCAGUUGGAGCUCACCCGGCCUGUCAGGAUCCACUUCACCGGAUGCCCCAACAGUUGCGGCCAAGCGCAGCAGGUUGGCGACAUUGGGUUAAUGGGAGCCCCCGCCAAGCUGGAUGGCAAGGCGGUGGAGGGCUACAAGAUCUUUUUGGGCGGGAAGAUUGGGGAGAACCCGCAGCUGGCCACGGAAUUCGCUCAAGGGAUCCCGGCUGUGGAGUCUCAUCUGGUGCCCAAACUCAAGGAGAUCCUUAUUAAGGAGUUUGGUGCCAAGGAAAAGGAGACUGCCGUUGUCGUCUAAAUAGGCGUCGUUGCGUAAUUAGGUGCUUAUAACGGAGAAGGGGGAAUGAUAGCUUGGUGUAAGUGUUACAUAGGAUUGGGGAGGGAGUGGUAGGCACGGGUUUGAUGCGUGAUAUACUACAUGUGACCUGAUGUCGUAUUUUGCAUACAAGUAUCUUGUCCGGCGCUUCUCAUGCGUGUGCGUGUCUGUUUGUUCUGUUUCGGCUAGCAGGGCGGCCAAGUCGUUUAUGUUCGGGGAUUCCUACUACGGGCGCAAUUGCAAUGAUAAAAGAAGGAUGCGUGUCUUGUCUGGGGCCUGUGAAUCACUCCUUCCGAUAUGCCGCGACGUUUGCUGUGCGCGCGGCGUGCAGGUCAGGGUUUGUCGAUAGGUAGCGUUUGCACGUCGCGUCCGUGAGUAUCUAUAUCAGAGCAGCUUGCGCAUGUAUGUGUUAACCAAGUUUUUUUUAUUGGCGUGGGAACUGUGCUCCCGGGCGAAUUAUGCUCGCCAGCGCUGCCGGUGGUCUGUGAUUGAUUAGGCAUUGGUCAUCUGUAUCCAUUCGACUUAUCAGACUUAUCAUGUCUCGCGAUCGGAUGUUGUGCUGCCUUGUUCCAUUCUUUUGCACAUCCGUUGUGUCGAUGGCGUGGGAAGAUGCCGAGGCUACGAUGAAGAGUGUAGAUAGAGGGUCGCGUUCGUGGUGAUGGUGCCGCACAG